AGCAACUGAGGGCUGCAGGGGGCGGGGCUUGGAGGUAGCCGAAGUCCGGGUGCUGCUACUGACUGUCAUUCCGUCUGGGUGCUUUGGUUUGGACAGAGCUGCGGCAAUGGCGGGAACUGGACUGGGCUCAGUAGCGGUGGAUCUCGAGAAGCUGCGCAUGGCGGGCGCCGGCCUGGCUUUGGCGGUGCUCACCAGUGGCGGCGAUGCCCAAGGAAUGAAUGCUGCUGUUCGAGCUGUGACUCGCAUGGGAAUAUAUAUUGGAGCUAAGGUGUUCCUGAUCUAUGAGGGUUAUGAGGGGCUUGUGGAAGGAGGAGAAAAUAUCAAGCAGGCAAACUGGCUGAGUGUGUCCAACAUCAUUCAGUUGGGUGGCACCAUCAUUGGCAGUGCCCGCUGCAAAGCUUUCACCACACGGGAGGGCCGUCUUCAAGCUGCCUACAACCUAGUGCAGCAUGGCAUCACCAAUCUGUGUGUUAUUGGUGGGGAUGGCAGCCUGACUGGUGCAAAUAUCUUCCGCACAGAGUGGGGUGGUCUUUUGGAGCAGCUGGUCAAAGAAGAGAAGAUCACUGAGGAGGUAUCUCAGACGUACUGUCACUUAAACAUUGUGGGUCUGGUGGGUUCCAUUGACAAUGACUUCUGUGGCACAGAUAUGACCAUUGGCACUGACUCUGCACUGCACCGUAUCAUGGAGGUGAUUGAUGCAAUCACCACUACUGCCCAGAGCCACCAGAGAACAUUUGUGCUGGAGGUGAUGGGCAGGCACUGUGGGUACCUUGCAUUAGUUUCGGCUUUGGCUUCUGGUGCUGACUGGCUUUUCAUCCCUGAGUCACCUCCUGAGGAUGGCUGGGAGGAUUUCAUGUGCGAGCGGCUUGGUGAGGCACGGAGCAGAGGAUCCCGACUGAAUAUUAUCAUCAUUGCUGAAGGUGCCAUUGACAGGAAUGGGAAACCCAUCACCUCAAAUUACGUGAAGGAUCUGGUAGUGAAGCGCCUUGGCUUUGACACUCGUGUAACUGUUCUUGGCCACGUGCAGCGCGGUGGGACCCCAUCAGCAUUUGAUCGUGUUCUGAGCAGCAAAAUGGGCAUGGAAGCUGUGAUGGCAUUACUUGAAGCAACACCAGACACUCCGGCCUGUGUGGUGAGUCUUUCCGGGAACCAGUCAGUGCGUCUGCCCCUAAUGGAAUGUGUGCAAGUGACCAAAGAUGUCCAGAAGGCAAUGGAUGAGAAAAGAUUUGAGGAAGCAAUCCAACUCAGAGGGAGAAGUUUUGAAAACAACUGGAACAUUUACAAGCUACUUGCGCACCAGAAACCAGCACAGGAAAAGAGCAAUUUCAGCAUCGCCAUUCUGAACGUGGGAGCCCCGGCAGCAGGCAUGAAUGCAGCGGUCCGGUCGGCUGUGCGCAUUGGAAUUUGCCAAGGUCACACAAUGUAUGUGGUGAAUGAUGGCUUUGAAGGCUUGAGCAAGGGCCAGAUUCGAGAGGUGGGCUGGCACGAUGUUGCAGGCUGGUUGGGCCGUGGUGGGUCCAUGCUGGGAACCAAACGAACUCUCCCAAAGACGUGCAUGGAAAAGAUUGUAGAAAGCAUCCGGAAAUUUAACAUCCAGGCACUGAUGGUCGUUGGAGGAUUUGAGGCAUAUGAGGGAGUACUACAGUUGGUGGAAGCACGUGGACAGUAUGAAGAGCUUUGUAUCAUCAUGUGUGUGGUACCAGCUACCAUCAGUAACAAUGUUCCUGGCACUGACUUCAGCCUGGGGUCAGAUACAGCUGUCAAUGCUGCCAUGGAGAGCUGUGACCGUAUCAAACAAUCUGCUUCUGGCACUAAGCGGCGUGUGUUCAUUGUGGAAACUAUGGGAGGCUACUGCGGCUACUUGUCGACGGUGACUGGCAUUGCAGUAGGAGCUGAUGCUGCCUAUGUCUACGAAGAGCCUUUCACCAUUCAUGACUUAAAGGCAAAUGUUGAGCAUUUGACUGACAAAAUGAAAACAGACAUUCAGAGAGGCCUAGUACUACGCAACGAGAAGUGCCAUGAACACUAUACCACUGAAUUCCUCUACCAUCUGUACUCCUCAGAGGGGAAAGGGAUAUUCGACUGCAGGAUCAAUGUCCUGGGCCACCUACAACAGGGAGGUGCUCCAACCCCCUUUGACCGCAACUAUGGCACCAAGCUGGGUGUGAAAGCCGUACUGUGGAUGUCAGAGAAGCUGAAGGAAGCUUACCGGAAGGGCCGUGUAUUUGCCAAUUCUGCAGACUCUGCCUGUGUGAUUGGUCUGAGGAGGAAGACUGUGUCCUUUAGCCCUGUGACUGAGCUCAAGAAAGUCACUGAUUUUGAGCACAGGCUACCCAAGGAGCAAUGGUGGCUGAACCUGCGCCUUAUGCUGAAGAUGUUGGCCCACUACCAGAUCAGUCUGACUGAAUAUGUGACUGGGAAGAUGGAGCAUGUCACCCGACGCACACUUAGCAUUGAGAAGGGAUUCUAACCACCACCUUCCCUUCUCUGUUCCCCAUCCUCCGUAGUUCCCUCUCUUCCUGGCCUUCUCAUGCCUUUUGAGUGCAGUGCUGGUGCCACUGUGAGCCUGCAGGAGUGUGACUGAGGACUGUCUGGCUGACAUGUCAAAUCACUCUGCGGCCAGGGCAAGGACUCGUUCUCCCUGCCUACAGAGAGGGGGUGCCCCCUAUCUGCAGCUCCCUCUCUCUUCCCCCAGACAGCAAAGGGUGAAUGCAAGGAUAGGAGAGUACACAGUCCCUUACUGGGCAGGGUCCAUUCCUAUUUCAUAUGCUGUCAUUUUAUUCUAACACUAUUUAAAGAUGUGUGCACUGAUUGUCAUCUGGACAAAAUAAUGUUUUUAGAGUUGCUCUCUGGCCAAGUAGCAUGGAGAAUGCAAGAUCCCAGAAAGGGGUCUGCUUCAGUUGGGAGCCACAGAGAAAGUUGGGUCCCCAAAAGUCUCCUCAAUGUAGGUAGGGAGUGCAGUAAGACAAGAGAGGCCCAAUUUAGGACUCCCAGAUUUCUGUUGCCAUCAUUUUUGUCACCCAGGAACGAUCCUGUUUUGUCAGAAAUAAAAAUAGUGGUAAGCAGCAGGAGAGUUCUUCUCCCUACUCUACACUCCUUCACUGAGGUUCCACAUCCAACCAGUAGCAAGCAGUAUGUCUGAAUGCCAGGCUGGGAAUGCCAGUGUCUCAUGGUUUUGCAUGGAGAAGCCUCUUCUCCGUGCCAUCGGGCGGGUGUGUCUGAUUCAUUGUCCCUGGCAAGAGCUGUGAUGGUGGUGCCAGCUCUGCAGCCAUGCUGUGUCUGUGCUCUUCCUGAUGCACCUCUGUGAACUCAAUGUCCUGUAUUGCCUGUAUUUGUCCACGGCACGGCUUGUGUCCUCUAGAGAUUAAAAAAGAAUCAUCCACUGAACCAAA